AUUGUUCCGAAUCCGGAAGAGUUACAAAUUUCAAGCAGACUGAAUCAAUGCUCUGUUAAAUGUCCAGAAAAUGGCUGCAACUAUGUGGCUGUUAAUUCAUCUUUGCUUGGAUUGCAUAAAGCUCAAGUUCACAAUAUUGUAAGAGUUUUUUUUAUUAUUUUCACUGUUAUUGAAAUGAAUUAGAUUCUUUACAAAAAUGAUAAUUUUGCUGAAACAAGUUAUAAUUUAAAACUAACUUUUAGAGUUGUGAUAACUUAACUGUCAUACAACAAUUUUUCAAUGCGGCCAAUUGUGACAUGCUUUAAUGUGAAUUUAUAACAUAGAGUGUGAUGUACACAAGUAAUUUUAUUAUUGUUUCAAUUAAUGUUGUUAACAGUUUAUACAUAUACUCAUAUAAAGUUACAUUUUAAAAGGGUCAAUUUUCCAAAGUUUUCUAUGGAUAUUAUGACUCUCCUUUGAGAAAAUAUUUAAAUCAUAAAACCGUAAUUAUGCAAUAUUUACAUGAAAGUAUUUUUAUCAAGAUAACACUGCAAUUAUUUUCAUAAAAAUCAACAGAAACACAUACCAGUGUUAGGAAAAGUUUAUCACUAUCACUGCCCUGUAGCUGAUUGCAAAUUUAGCCCGCAGUCCUUAAAAUACUUCAGAAGCUUGGACAUAGCAAGAACUGUGAGUCUCAUUUUUGUGUGUGGUUAUACGUGACUUUAAACAAAUAUUUGUAUCUCAUUAACAAGAGGCUGUAUUACUUUUUAUGUGCGUAUAUCUCUGUCUUGUAGCCGAUUGCAAAUUUAAUCCUUAAGAUAUUUCAAAAGCUUGGACAUAGCAAGAACUGUGAGUCUGAUUUUUGUCUGUGGCUAUUCUUAAAAAAAUAAUUGGAUCCCAUUAACAGAAACUGCAUUACUUUUUAUGUCUUUUGAGUGUUUACUGUGUUUCUCCAAUUGUGUGGGUGGUGUGAUAGGCAGCAACAAUUUUAGAUCAUAAAUAUGCACAAUGUAUUUUAAGUUACCGAAAGAAAAUGAUUAAAAUUCUUUUUGCAUGGAUUUGAUAUUUAAAUAGAAGGAAUUGUACUAGUAUUGUAAUAUUCAUUAAAAUGUAUUCUUUUUUUUUUUUUUUUUUGUUUGUGAUAAGUUACUUUCAUUCAAAAAGAAUAGUAUCUGUGUAUGUUGUUUAAAUUUGAUAUUUAAAUAGAAGGAAUUGUACUAGUAUUGUAAUAUUCAUUAAAAUGUAUUCAUUUUUUUUUUUUUUGUUUGUUUGUGAUAAGUUACUAUCAUUCAAAAAGAAUAGUAUCUGUGUAUGUUGUUUACAUGAUCAUGAUGGUCUAAAUGGAUGACAUCAUUGGGUCUAAAAAUUUUAAAUAUUCUGAAUUACCAUUUGAUGCAAUUUACAUUUUAAUUUUAAUCAGAUAUGGGUAUACUGAUAUUGAAAAAUGAGAUUUUACUAUUUUUAUGCAAUUUUCUACAUCAUAUGAUGAGAGUUCUCUUGCAAAAAACUUACUUUACCAUGUAAGAAAUCAAUUACAUCAAUCGAACUCAUAUUUUAUUAGAAGUGGGUUAUCAACUUAAUUUACAAGAAUUAAUUAAAAAAACAUUAAUUUUAAGUUUUAUUAUUUAUGAUAGUUCCAUCAUUUAAUAUGUUUUAAUUGCUUUUGUUGUUUAGGUGUGGAGAUGUAUGUUUAUUAUGACAUUUUAAUAAUUUAUCAUGAGCACAGCAUUCAUACAAUGUAUGAAAAAUUUAGUGUACAUAAUUAAGUAUGUAUUAUAAAUACAUAACUAUUUUUAUUUUAGCUUUAAACAAUUAAAAAUAUUUGUAAUAGCCAAUUUUAAGAUAUUACAUUUAAUUCUUUUGAAAUUAUGCCCAAGUAUUGUACAUGCAGCAAACAGUUUUGUAUUAAAAAGUGAAACUCAUAAGGUGUUAUUUUAUUUAUUAAAAAUAAUCUUAACUUAAUAAUGAUAACCUCAGAUUAUAUUUUUUUAAGUCAAAUUUGAUUAUAUUUAAUCUGGAAUCUGUUUAAAUAAUAUUUUUAAAGUAUUUUUACCCAUUUAUUAUUACAGCACUACAUGAAGAUACAUUCAGAGAAAAAAUUCCUGUGCUCAAAAUGUGAGAAACAUUUUGGUUUGGAGCGAGAUUGUCAGAGACAUGAAAAAGAGUGUGGAGAAACAUUUAACUGUCUUGACUGUGGUAAAAUGUACACAAAUAAAGCUGCACUGAUCAGGCAUUGUGACUACAAUCGUCACAAAAAGCCAGAUUAUACGUUUAAGUAA